CAAUCCUUUUGAUGCGAGGCAGCAGUAGGAACUAGAAGGUGGGGGUAGCACCAAGGAGACAUUUUCCAGUCCUGAACUGACGACGGUCCACUGAAAACAACUUCAGUUUUUACAAUAGCAGCCACUUUUCUCAUUGUUUGGAGGCCGACGCCCAUCUCACAACCCAAAAGCCAUGGCAGAUGAAGCGGACAUGCGCAAUGAGCUGGAAAACCUGCAGACAAAGGCGGACCAGAUAGCUGAUGAGGGUGAACGUGUGGCGUCUGAGUCGCUGGAGAGCACUCGGCGUAUGCUGGCCAUGGUUGAGGAGAGUAAAGAUGCUGGUAUCAGGACUCUGGUUAUGCUGGAUGAGCAGGGAGAGCAACUGGAGCGGAUCGAGGAGGGGAUGGACCAGAUCAAUAAGGACAUGAAGGACGCAGAAAAGAAUUUGAACAAUCUAGGGUCUCUCUGUGGUCUUUGUUCAUGUCCCUGUAACAAGAUAAAGGGUGGGGGCCAGGCGUGGGGGGCCAACCAGGAUGGAGUAGUGAACAGUCAGCCAGGGGCCCGUGUGGUGGACGAACGUGAACAGAUGGCAAUCAGUGGGGGCUUCAUCCGCAGGGUAACAGACGAUGCCCGGGAGAAUGAGAUGGAUGAGAACCUGGAGCAGGUGGGCGGGAUCAUCGGUAACCUGCGUCACAUGGCCCUGGACAUGGGCAACGAGAUCGACACCCAGAACCGGCAGAUCGACAGGAUCAUGGACAAGGCUGAUUCCAACAAGACCAGGAUUGAUGAAGCCAACCAGCGCGCCACGAAGAUGUUAGGCUAAGCUGCAGCGACAAGUGCUUUAAACCCCCCCCCCGUCACCCCCGUCACCCCUGCACCCCUCUCAAGCAUGUCAUGGGGUGGUGCGAACAUGCUUUUAUCAUGGGACUUUUGCUGCGUUCAUAACCAAGUGGGAAGGUGGUAUUUACCACAUAGGACUGGAGAAAAAAUCCGCUUGAACGCCCCUCCAACUGGUAAUUACUAGUGGGAAACACGUCUAUCAUCCCUGAGCUCCCACAUGGUGACCUCUUGAGGUCACCUACUAAGGAAAUUGCCUCUAUAACAGCAUUUUAAGGCAGUUAAAUGUAA